AUGAGCUAUCCCACCGCCCACACCACGACUAUCGAGAACCCUCGCCUGAGGCUUCUCGCCAAAAUGAAACGCGGAGAGUACCCAUUGAUGACCUUCAUGGCCAUUCCUUCUCUGCGUAUGGCCCAGAUCAUCGCCUUGACAGGCGUUGACGCCAUCAUCAUUGACUGUGAGCAUGGCAACAUCGGAGAUGAUUCAAUGCAUAACGCUGUCGCUGCCAUAUCGGCUCUCGGAGUAUCGCCUAUCAUCCGCAUUCGUGGACCUGCUCAUGACAUUAUCAAGCGUGCUCUUGACACCGGAGCGCAUGGCAUUAUGGUUCCACAGAUUAAUAACGCGGAGGAGGCGCGGCAAAUAGUCCAAUCUUCCAAGUUCCCGCCGCAGGGUAUACGUGGCCAAGGCUCAGCUUUCCCAGCCAUUGGCCACGGGCUUACAACGCCCGAGUACAUGAUAUCUGCCAAUGAGACGAUCUUGACCAUGAUCCAAAUAGAGACGCGAGCUGGCGUCGAUAACGUCGAUGCCAUUGCCGCCGUGCCGGGCGUGGACAUGGUCUUUAUCGGCCCCAACGACCUUGCCCAAUCUAUCCUCGGAUAUGUGCCUGCGCGGGGAGAUGAGCCCGAGUUUGUCACCGCGGUCGACAAGAUUAUCGAGGCGGGUCGAAAGCACGGCAAGUGGGUUGGACGCAUGGUCAACAAUGGCGCGGUGGCUAAGGAGGUCAGAUCAAGAUACGACACAGUUGCCAUUACUGGCGAUACAAAGGCGAUACAGAAUUGGUACAUGGCCGAGUUUGAGACUGCGCGAUCAUAA